GUUCCAACAACAACCACGGCUUCUCCAACAACAACCACAGCUGCUCCAACAACAACCACAGCUGCUCCCAUAACAACCACAGAUGCUCUCCCAACACUCACAGCUUCUCCUACAACAAACACAGUGGCUCCCACAACAACCACAGCUACUCCCACAACAACCACAGCUUUUCCCACAACAACCACAGAUGCUCCGACAACAACCCCAGACGUUCCAACAACAACCACUGUGGCUCCAACAACAACCACAUCUGCACCCAAAGCAACCACAGCUGCUCCCACAACAACCACGGUUGCUCCCACAACAACCACAGCUGCUCUGACAACAACCCCAGACUUUCCAACAACAACCAUAGUGGCUCCAACAACAAGCACAUCUGCACCCACAACAACCACAGUGGCUCCAACAACAACCACUACUUCUCCCACAACAACCACAGUUUCUCCCACAACAACCAUUGCUGCUCCCACAACAACCAGAGCUGCUCUACCAACAGCCACAGCUGAUACCUCAACAAACACAGCUGCUCCCACAACAACCAAAGCUGCUCUCACAACAACCACAGCUGCUCUCACAACAACCACAGCUGCUCCCACAACAACCACAGUUGUUCCCACAACAACCACAGCUGCACCCACAUCACCCACAGCUUCUCCCACAACAACCAUAGCAGCUCCAACGACAACUACAUUUGGGGCUACAAGAACUACAGAUACUCCCAAAACAAACACAGCUGCUCACACAAUAACCACAGCUGCUCCCACAUCAACCACAGCUUCUCCCACAACAACCACAGCUGCUCCCACAACAACCACAGCUGCUCCCACAACAACCACAGCUGCUCCGACAACAACCCCAGAUGUUCCAACAACAACCACUGAUGCUCCCACAACAUCUUCAGCAGCUCAAAAGACAAAUACAUUUGGGGCUACAACAACCACAGAUACUCCAACAACAACCACAACUGCCUCAACAACAAUGACAGUUGCUCCCACAACAACCACAGAUACAUCCACAACAUCCUUAGCACCACAACAACCACAGCUUCUCCAACAACAACCACUGCUUCUCCAACAACAGCCAAAGACGCACCCACAACAAACACAGCCGUCCCCACAACAACCACAGCUUCUCCCACAGCAACAACAUCAGCUCCAACGACAACUACAUUUAGGGCUACAACAACAACAGAUACUCCUAAAACAACCACAGCUGCUCCCACAUCAACCACAGCUUCUCCCACAACAACCACAGCUGCUCGCACAACAAGCACAGCUGCUCCCACAACAACCACAGCUGUUUCCACAAUAACCAUAGAAUCUCCCACAACAACCACAGAUGCACCCACAACAACCACAUCUAUCCUCAGAACACCCACAUCUGCUCCCAACACAACCACAGUAGCUCCAAUGACAACUACAACUGGAGCGACAACAACCACAGAUACUCCAACAACAACCACAUCAACUCUCACAACAACCACAGAUGCUCCCACAACCACCACAGCUGCUCGCAUAACAACCACAGCUGCUCGCACAACAACCACAGCUGCUCCCACAAUAACCACAGAAUCUCCCAAAACAACCACAGAUACAUCCACAACAACCCCAGAAGCUCCAACGACAACUACAAUUGGGGCUAAAACAACCACAGAUACUCCAACAACAACAACAACUGCUCCCAAAUCAACUACAGCGUCUCCAACAACUACCACAGCUGCUCCAACAAAAACCACAGAUCCUCGCACAACAACCACAGCCAUCCCCACAACACCCACAGAUGCUCCCACAACGACCACAGCAGCUUCAACGACAAAUAUUGUUAACACAACAGCUCCUCCAGCUAACCCAGCACCUAUAACUGAUGUAGGGUGGGCUAGUACCAGCAAAGGAAGCAUACGACAAAUUACCACAAAGGGUGGGGUUAUAGGUCCAACCAGUUCGAGUUAGUCAUCAGAGGCCAGUUAUAGGAGGCUAAAGUAGGCACAGGAGGAGUUUUGACCAGGAUGGGAGUAGCUUUGUCUAGAUGGAUGCUAUUGGCAUCUUCAGGGAAGUUCCAGAUGAAUACAAAGCUGUGAAUCAAAUAU